AUCAAUCUAUAAUUUUCUCUGAAUUCAUUCAAUUCCUUUGUUUUUCAUCUAUUUAGCAUCGAUUGCUUUUGGUUUUGCUUUCAAUUUCGUGUUUUGUACGUCAAUUGGUUCUCGAAUCUAGGAUUGACUUCUAGGGUUUCCAACAAUUUUAGGUUAUUUUUUUUUCGAGUUCUGGUGUUGGGGAAUUGAGUUUACGUUCUUUUACUAAUUCAAUUUCUAGGGUUAGCUUUUUUUUAUGGCAUUUGAAUGCCGAAAGAGUAUUGAGGUGUCUGAGAAAUUAGCAUUCUGCUUAGAAAAUUCUUGUGAAGAACAAACCGAAUUGAAUCAAGUUAGUGCAAAAUCCGAAAUUGAAGAAGUUCAAAUUUCGGAAGUAGGAUCAGAUUCUAAAACCAUAACUGGGAAAGUUGCCGUUCCAGAGUUGGAAUUUCAUUCCAACAACUCUAGUUGGAAAACUUUUCAAAAAGAUGUGUUUUCCGAUCUCCGCCGGUCAAUUACCGACCUUCCUUCGGCCUUGAUAUCGGAAAUUCUUGACUGCCUCGGUCCGAAGGAGCUUGGUAUAGUCUCUUGUGUGUCAACAAAUCUCCAUAGCCUUGCAUCAGAGCACCAUGUUUGGAAGGAAUUCUAUUGUGAGAGGUGGGGUCUUCCAUCAAUUCCGGCACCUAUUGAUUCAGGACUGCCAGAUGAGAAGUCAUGGAAAGAGCUGUUUGUGGAGAGGGAGUUUAGGAGUAAGACUUUUAUGGGGCGCUAUAGUAUCGAUGUUUUGUAUGGCCACACUGAAGCUGUUCGGACGGUUUUCCUUUUGGCUUCUACAAAACUGGUCUUCACCUCCGGUUAUGAUUCAAUUGUUCGAAUGUGGGACAUGGAAGAUGGAUUGUCUAUUGCGUCAUCACAACCCCUUGGUUGUACUAUCCGGGCUGUUGCAGCGGAUACAAAACUAUUGGUUGCUGGUGGUACUGAUGGAUUUAUCCAUGGUUGGAAAGCGGUGGAGGGACUCCCGCAUUUGUUUGACAUAAGGGGUAUUCAAAACCAGAAUUCUCAGUUCCGUCUUUGGGAGCAUGAGGGACCGAUAACUUCUCUUUCUUUGGAUCUGACUAGGAUUUAUAGUGGAUCGUGGGACAUGACUGUUCGUGUGUGGGAUCGAUUUUCACUGAAGUGCUUAAAGGUCCUGAGGCACAGCGACUGGGUUUGGGGGCUUGUUCCUCGUGAUACGACUAUUGCUAGCUCCUCCGGGUCGGAUGUAUGUGUUUGGGAUACCAGUAGUGGAGAUUUGAUUACAGUUGUUCAUAAUGCUCAUGUUGGUAACACUUAUGCACUCGCUCGAAGCCAUGCAGGCGAUUUCAUUUUCACUGGAGGAGAGGAUGGUGCAAUCCACAUGUUUGAGAUCAUUGAGACCGAUACUUUAAAGGUUGCAACAUGGAUUCCUCACUCAGGUCCUGUGUAUUCCCUGGCAUUUGAGUUUCCAUGGCUUGUCUCCGCUUCAAGUGAUGGGAAAAUGUCUCUAAUUGAUGUGCGGGCGCUGCUCAAGGCUCGCAAGGAUCGCUCAAGGAGGAGGGUUUUAAGGAUGAAGCAAAGGGACCAGUGUAGCGUGGAGCCUCCACAGAGGAUGUUACAUGGAUUUGUGAGCAACCUGUUUUCAGUUGAUAUUGGUGCUGAUCGAAUUGUCUGCGGAGGUGAGGAAGGUGUAGUUAGGAUAUGGAACUUUUCACAAGCUUUGGAAAUUGAGCGGAGGGUGCGUGCUCUGAGAGGAAUACGGUUGGAGAACAGGAUGAGGAGACGCAAGGUUCAGCUGGAGAUUAAUAAUAACAGUAAAGAUGGCUGCAAUGAUCAAUGUUCAGUUGCGGCCAAGAAGAAUUCAGCUAAUGGCAGGAAUGGUGUUUGGUAUAGCAAACGUGGGGUGAGCAGCAAGUUGAAGGCCUAGCACCGGAUAAUAAUAGCUGUAUGCUAAGCAUCAUGUAUCUUGUCUUUACUUACUUUUAUGUUACUUGUUUACACUUGAUGCAUUUUACAGAUAAGGGAAUACAAUAGCUUUUGUUCAUUCUCUGUGAUCUGUUGGGGGUCCCUUUUUACAAGUUGACACUAUAUGGCUCUAAUAAAGUUCUUUUGACUGCUCUCUGA